UUUGUUCUCUAUAAAAGGCCAUGCUUUUUCUGUUUCGUCUUGCUUAACUCCAAAGCAUAUCCAAAACCCCAUUUCCAUUCUCUUUCUCUCUCUCUCUGUUCUGUAACGUUCAUCUUCUUCUUCUAUUUCUUCUCUGAUAAAAAAUGGUGAAAGACAGGAAAAUAGGAGUGGCUGUGGACUUUUCAAAGAGCAGCAAGAACGCUCUGAAAUGGGCAAUCGAUAAUCUGGCUGAUAAAGGAGACACCCUUUAUCUCAUUCAUGUUUGCCAUAACUCUGAUCUCGAUGAGUCUCGCAAUCUUCUCUGGGCCAAAUCUGGUUCACCUCUUAUACCAUUGUCAGAGUUUAGAGAGCCUGAGGUUAUGAACAAGUACAACAUUAAAACCGAUGUAGAAGUUCUUGAUUUACUCGACACUGGUUCGAGGCAGAAAGAGGUGACUGUUGUGUCAAAGCUUUACUGGGGUGAUGCGAGAGAGAAGCUCCUUCAAGCCAUUGAAGAUCUGAAGCUGGACUCUUUGGUUAUGGGAAGCAGAGGACUUGGAACCAUCCAAAGGAUCAUAAUGGGGAGUGUCAGCAACCAUGUGAUUACACAUGCUUCAUGCCCUGUCACCAUUGUCAAGGAUUAAAUCACACUGAGUUUUUUAAUUUUAUGAUCUCGUUUCCUAUUUCAAUUUUCCGUUUUGAUUUUAUAUUUGGUCGGUUAUCAAAUCUUAAAGAAAACUCAUUCUUAUUUCUUGUAAUGACAAUGAAUGGGUUUACAUAACAUAUGAAAUAAUAAUAUGUAAUGUUUUUUCUUUAAUGUAAUCAAUAAUGUGACUUGCUACGGCAAUUUUAUUCUCA